AUGCCGCGUUCUCUGAAUGAGCAUAAUGAGCCGCUGAGCAGCGAAGUGCUGGCUCCGCCACACGGCCACAGAACGAUGCCCAAAUCUGAGUUUUAUUUCCAAGCGACUGAAGAACACUUGACGGCCUUGAUCCUUCAGACAUUCUAUAGAGGAGCUGUGGCCACGGGCCCUCAACGUUUCCUGGUGGACAACAGUCUCCUGCGAUCGGACAGCUCUGGGCUGCGCUACUGCACCUCCCUGGAUGGCGACAAGAAUCCGGCACUGAAGCCAGUGGCCUGGGGCCACUGCGUUUGGGGCGUUCUCAACGACACGCAGACGUGGCUCAAGGUGAAAGCUGGACGACGCCUGGACGUGUUGGAUACUUACCCGCCACCUCCUCAGUUUCCACCAGCUGUGCUUCGUGCAAGCUGUCCAGCUGAGACGGUCCAAGGCUGCAGCGUGUUGAAGCUUCAACUGGACGACCCGGAACCCUUUGAGGUGACAUAG